GGAGGGAGGAGAAGAUCCACAGCCGCAGGUCCAUCGCCAUCACGGCUCUCAUCACAGAGUUUAAGGAGAGAAAGAGGGCAGGCCAGGUUUUAAAGUUUGAACCUUGCAGAAGUGCCACUUGGAGAAGGAAACUAGGAUUUUCUUUACCUUUUUAUGCUCUACUGUUUGUACUUAAAAGCGUUAUUUCUUUUGCUUCCUCGUAGUUAAAUACGAAUUACUUACUAAUUGAGUGCUAAGCACAGUGAGAGAGAGGGAGAGAGAAAGAGAGAGAGAAAGAGGAAGAAGAUAAAAAGCUGGGAAAAAGUUGAGAGGCGGAGGAGAAAGCCACUGAAGAAUGAAACUCUGCACCACCAGCAGAGUCGGAGCACAACUUCAUCAUCACCAGCUUUGGCUUUCACUUACUGCUUCUGCUUGUAACGGUCAAAUUCAGUCAAGAUGGGAAAUUGUGGGACGAGGGAGGAAUCAGCUGUGGUAACGAAUGCUCAAGUUCAGCAGCUGAGCACUCUGUCUUCGUCAGUGAAGAACGGCGAGAAGAAGCAGAAUCACAGCCGUUCGAUUUCAGAUCUGAGCGAUCCUUCAACCCCACGCAACUUCGAGGACGCGCGGAAGAAUGCGGUGCUGUACACGCACGUCAUCGCCUUCACCCUCUUCGAGCUCGAGACCAUCACCAAGAGCUUCCGCUCCGACUACAUUUUGGGGGAAGGUGGGUUCGGGACUGUGUACAAAGGCUACAUUGACGAGAAUGUGAGGGUUGGGCUCAAGUCUCUGCCCGUCGCCGUCAAGGUCCUCAACAAGGAGGGCCUUCAGGGCCACCGCGAAUGGCUGACGGAGGUCAACUUUCUCGGUCAGCUCCGCCAUCCCAAUCUCGUGAAAUUGAUUGGAUAUUGUUGCGAGGACGAUCACAGAUUGCUUGUUUACGAGUUCAUGUUUCGAGGGAGCCUUGAGAAUCACUUGUUCCGGAAGGCAACUGUUCCAUUGUCGUGGGGAACCAGGAUGAUGAUUGCUCUGGGAGCUGCCAAGGGACUUGCUUUUCUUCACAAUGCUGAAAGGCCAGUUAUUUACCGGGACUUCAAGACUUCUAAUAUCUUGUUGGACUCUGAUUAUGCUGCCAAGCUCUCUGAUUUUGGGCUUGCUAAAGCUGGACCCCAAGGGGAUGAAACCCAUGUAUCAACUCGGGUUAUGGGUACCUAUGGAUAUGCAGCCCCUGAAUAUGUAAUGACUGGCCACCUGACUGCCAGGAGUGAUGUAUACAGCUUUGGAGUCGUUCUCCUUGAGCUUUUGACAGGAAGGAGAUCUGUUGACAAGACGAGACCGAGCAAGGAGCAGAACUUGGUAGAUUGGGCACGGCCAAAACUGAACGACAAGAGAAAGUUGCUACAAAUAAUUGACCCUAGGCUGGAUAAUCAGUACUCAGUUAGGGCAGCACAGAAAGCCUGCAGCUUGGCAUACUAUUGUCUCAGCCAAAACCCCAAAGCAAGGCCCUUAAUGAGUGAUGUAGUUGAAACUCUAGAGCCUCUACAAAGUUGUAACGAACCAAGUGAAUCAUCAACGGGUGGACCAUUUGCGAUGAGCAGAAUCCCUGAGUAUCGAAUGCAUCACAGGUUUCCUAACAAUGUAGGUCCAGGUGCUGUUUGUCGAUCCCCCAACCCAAACUAUUCGCCAGGAGGUCCUGCAGCAUGCAGAGUUAGAUGAGAAUGUCAUCUAUAUGUAUACAUGUUUGUACUUUGUAUGCGUUAUCCCCCGACCUUUUUUUGCAAUGACAGAAUUUGCUUGUUAAAUUAUGGAUGCAUAUGUCAUUGUUUUCCAUAUACAUAGGGUUGCCGUGUUCCUCUA